AACGCUAUAAUGACUAGCGACUACACUCUUAUCCUCCCUCCAUAAGUGUGUUCACGCAUGAUUGGUGGAAGCCGACUCACGAAACCACACGUGCCAUGCACGUCCGACAAAACAAACCCAUACCGGGUCAAGUCACACCCGACUUCCAACGUGGCACACCACUUAAAGCCCGUAUAAUAUCCACGCGGCACACCUUCAAUUGUUUAUCUGUUCCCCCUAACCGGGUCAAGUUAGACCCGAUAGCCGACGUGGCAUACCAUUUAUGACCAAAUAAUAUCCACGUGGCACACCUUCAAUUGUUCCUUCUUUAUCCAUCGAAAAAUCACCCACACCGGUUGUUUGUUAUACAUACUUUUCUAGAGAGAGAAAAUAGAGAAAUUGUUUGUAGAUUGUUGAUGAUACCGGAGACAUAUCUAGGGUUUGUGAAAUCUGAAUCGGAUUACAUCAAUUGAUUGUGAUAUUUAGGUCGAAUUCGUGCUAUAUAAUUGAGAAAUUGUAUGGAGAUGAUGCCGUACACAUAUCUAGGGUUUGUGAAAUCUGAAUCGGAUUACAUCAAACACAUCUAUUGAUUGUGAACUUUAGGUCGAAUUUGUGCUAUAUAAUGGCGACGCCAUUGACCGGAUUGCAGCACCGGGAGGUAGGCGGUGGUGGUGUGGCGGUGAUGGCGGCCUCCGGUGGAGGAACGGUGAGCCAGAUCGAUCCGUCUGGUGGUGGAAAACCGUCGAAGAAGCAGAGUUCGCCGGUGCAUAUCUUUUUGUACUUUCAUAAAGCGAUACGGUCGGAGCUCGAUGCGUUACAUCAGUCCGCUAUCUAUUUUGCUACUAAUUCUCAUGUGGAAAUUGAGCCGCUGCUGAAGCGGUAUCACUUUCUUCGGUCGAUUUAUAAGCAUCACUGCAAUGCUGAAGAUGAGGUUAUUUUUCCAGCUCUUGAUAUUCGGGUCAAGAACGUAGCACGAACUUAUUCUCUUGAACAUGAAGGCGAAAGUGCCAUUUUUGAUCAACUCUUUACAUUACUAGAUUCCGAUAUGCAAAAUAAAGAAAGCUUUAGAAGAGAAUUAGCAUCCUGCACAGGAGCCCUUCAAACAUCAAUUAGCCAGCACAUGUCCAAGGAAGAGGAACAGGUCAUACCCUUGCUUGUUGAGAAAUUUUCAUUUGAAGAACAAGCGUCAUUAGUCUGGCAGUUUUUAUGCAGCAUUCCCGUAAACAUGAUGGCGGAGUUUCUUCCAUGGCUUUCAGCCUCUGUAUCUUCUGAUGAACGCCAAGAAAUGCGUAGUUGCUUAUGCAGAGUAAUCCCAGAAGAAAAGCUUCUUCAACAGAUUAUAUUCACCUGGAUGGACGGUGCCAAUGCUAUCAAGAAGCGAAAAAAUAUAGAAGAUGAUGUCGCGUAUAAUUGUUCUCCAAUUGCCGAAGGAAAUUGUGCAUGUUCAUCUUCCCGACCCAGAAAACGAGAAUCUGUAAUGAGUUCUUCAGAUUCACCUCUUGGUUGUCCUAUUGAUGAAAUAUUGCACUGGCACAAGGCUAUUAAAAAGGAAUUAGUUGAUAUAGCUGAAGCUGCUAGAAGGAUACAAUUAUCUGGAGAUUUUUCAGAUUUAUCUGUAUUUAAUAAGAGACUGCAAUUUAUUGCAGAAGUUUGCAUAUUCCAUAGCAUCGCAGAAGAUAAAGUAAUAUUCCCUGCCGUAGAUGCUGAGCUGUCAUUUGCCCAGGAGCAUGCAGAAGAAGAAAGUGAAUUCGGCAAAUUUAGAUGCUUAAUUGAAAAUAUUGAAAAUGAUGGAGCAAACUCAUCUUCAUCUGAAUUUUGUUCCAAAUUGUGCUCACAUGCUGAUCAUAUCAUGACUAUCAUUGAUAACCACUUCAAAACUGAAGAACUUCAGGUUCUCCCACUUGCGCGCAAACAUUUUAGUCCCAAAAAACAACGGGAGCUUUUAUACCAAAGUCUAUGCGUGAUGCCUUUGAGAUUAAUCGAGUGUGUGUUACCAUGGUUGGUUGGAUCACUUACUGAAGAAGAAGCAAAAUCAUUUCUUCAUAACAUGCAUAUGGCAGCCCCUGCUUCAGAUAUUGCUCUCGUCACACUUUUUUCGGGUUGGGCUUGCAAGGGCAGACCACGGGAAACAUGUCUGUCUUCCGCUGUAACCGGCUGCUGCCCCGCAAAAGCAUUUUUAGAAGAAAACGGCGAUUCGGGCCCACCCUUUUGUCCCUGCAACCCGCCAACCAAACGACCCAAUUCCACUUCGCGAAAAGAAAGCAACGGUUUUGGUACUCCCGGAACCCUAACCGUUCAAGUAAAACAGUCGUGUUGUGUUCCCGGGCUCGGAAUGAACAGUAGCAAAUUGGGAGCGGGCUCCACGAAAUCUUUACGGUCGUUAUCUUUUGGCCCAUCUGCUCCCUCUUUAAGUUCCAGUCUUUUUAAUUGGGAAACGGGGAUAAGUUUAAUUGAUGAGGGUACGGGUCGGCCAAUAGAUACAAUUUUCAAAUUUCAUAAAGCAAUUCGGAAAGAUUUGGAGUUCUUAGACGUUGAAUCGGGAAAACUAAACGACUCAAAUGAGAGUUUUUUACGUCAAUUCAAUGGUAGAUUUCGUUUAUUAUGGGGUUUAUAUAGAGCGCACAGUAACGCAGAGGAUGAUAUAGUGUUUCCUGCAUUAGAAUCAAAGGAAACUUUACAUAACGUGAGUCACUCGUAUACCUUAGACCACAAGCAAGAAGAAAAGCUUUUUGAGGAUAUAUCAACUUCACUUUUCGAACUUUGUGAACUUCACGACAAAAGCAAUUCCGUUUCUUCAAAUUGUAAUGAUACGUUGAGAGAUUACAGUGAAUUGGCGACUAAGGUUCAGGGGAUGUGCAAGUCCAUUAGAGUGACACUGGAUCAGCAUAUUUUGCGUGAAGAACUUGAGCUUUGGCCUUUGUUUGAUAGACACUUUUCUGUUGAGGAGCAAGAUAAGCUAGUGGGCCGAAUUAUCGGUACUACGGGUGCUGAGGUGUUGCAAUCGAUGUUGCCAUGGGUGACAUCCGUACUUACUCAGGAGGAACAGAACAAAAUGAUGGACACAUGGAAGCAAGCUACUAAAAACACAAUGUUUACUGAGUGGCUGAAUGAAUGGUGGGAAGGAUCUUCUUCAUCUGCAGAGGCAUCACCGUCUGAAUCAGAUAAAAAUAUUUCACAAGGAUCUGAAUCACAUGAAGCCUUAGAUUCAAAUGAUUAUACCUUCAAGCCUGGGUGGAAAGAUAUAUUUCGGAUGAAUCAAAACGAGCUUGAAUCAGAGAUAAGAAAAGUUUCUCGGGAUCCAACUCUUGAUCCCAGAAGGAAGGCUUAUCUCAUUCAAAACCUUAUGACCAGUCGAUGGAUUGCUGCUCAGCAGAAGUUACCUCAAGGAAGAAAAGGUGAUAUGGUAGAUGGUGAAGGCGUAUAUGGAUGCUCGCCUUCAUUUCGUGAUGCAGAAAAACAAAUAUAUGGCUGUGAGCAUUAUAAACGCAACUGCAAGCUUCGUGCUGCUUGUUGUCAAAAGCUCUUUACAUGCAGAUUCUGCCAUGAUAAUGUCAGUGACCAUACAAUGGACAGGAAAGCUACCACUGAAAUGAUGUGUAUGAACUGCUUGAAAGUUCAACCUGUUGGACCAGUCUGCUCAACUCCAUCUUGCAAUGGACUUUCAAUGGCAAAAUACUAUUGUAGCUAUUGCAAGUUCUUUGAUGAUGAAAGGACUGUGUAUCAUUGCCCGUUUUGCAAUUUGUGCCGACUUGGAAAGGGUCUGGGAAUCGACUUCUUUCAUUGCAUGACGUGUAACUACUGUUUGGGGAUAAAGUUAGUGGAUCAUAAGUGUCGGGAGAAAGGUUUGGAAACUAACUGCCCUAUUUGCUGCGAUUUUCUAUUUACAUCAAGUGCAGCUGUUCGAGCACUUCCUUGUGGUCAUUUUAUGCACUCGGCUUGCUUCCAGGCGUACGCAUGCACACACUACAUUUGUCCAAUAUGCAGCAAAUCUAUGGGAGAUAUGUCGGUGUAUUUUGGUAUGCUUGAUGCUUUAAUGGCUUCUGAGGUGCUUCCAGAAGAGUAUAGAAACCGCUGUCAGGAUAUAUUAUGCAACGACUGUGAUAAAAAAGGAAGUGCUCCAUUUCACUGGCUUUAUCACAAGUGUGGAUCCUGUGGAUCUUACAACACGCGAGUAAUCAAGGUUGAUUCAAUCGCCGAGUGUUCAAACUAGAAGGUAAAAUCAUGUAAAUACAGUAGAAGUGAAGAUAUCUUUUUGUUGCAUUUCUUUUUCCUCUUUGUCCCAUAUAUAAACGCAGGAUAGCAUAUGAUAAAACCGUCGUCGGGGAUUUUCUAGGAUUAUGUUACAAGUGAAAGUGUACUCGGUUUUGUACUGUGGGGCGUUAUUAGUUCCGGCAUUUUGUUUUCUGAGCAUUUGCUAAGAGACAUGUUAAGUCAGUGCUUAGGCUAUGUUUCAUAUAGUUUACUGAAACUCGAUAUGCUGGAUAUUUUGUGGUUACUUGCCAAACCGAACUCGAUUUUUAAAUAACGUCGCUACAUUGUCCGACAGUGUCGUUUAGUUGGUUGA